GCGAGGGCGGGCGGGACGGACGGACGGACGGACGGAGCCAGCGGACAGGCACCCGCAGACCCCACUCGCCCGCUGCCGCUGCCUGUCGCCCCAUGGAGCUGUGCCCGGGGCCCGCGGCGCCCUCGGGCUGGGCGCUGCCGCUCCUCCUCGCCCUGGGCGCCGGGCUCAGCCACGCCACGCCGCACCUGCGGUACACCCGGCCGGGCUCCCGCAGCAAGAACUGGUGCGCCUACAUAGUGAACAAGAACGUGAGCUGCUCGGUGCUGGACGGGACGGAGAGCUACGUCCAGGCCCAAUACAAGUGUGCCUGGAACCAGUUCCCCUGCCAGCCCACCCUGGUAUACCGGACAAGUUUCAGACCUCGGUACACAGUUGCAUAUAAGACAGUAACAGAGCUGGAAUGGAGAUGUUGUCCUGGGUACAAAGGGGAGGACUGCAAAGAAGGCCCAGCAGAAAAGCCAAACACUGCUCGUCGUCCCACAACACCAGCAAAAGCUGUUGUGAAGAAAGGCUUAGAUGCAGAACCAACAGAAGAGCCAGAACCUCCACCAUAUGAGAAGAAAAUGCAGUUUCUUGAGGAUGAAUUGUUUAGGCUUACACGAUCGGUGCUUGAACUUCAGUCCUCUGUGGCAGGUGUGAAUGAAAAUCUAAAGUUGACUGUCCAAGAAGAUGCUAGUAAAAUGUUGGUCACUUGGCUGAACAACCUUUAUGACCGCCCAGAGCCUGAUAGUGCGGUUGGUGGUGAAACAGACACUAUUCAUCUGCCUGGACUGCUCAACAAUAAAGAUCAGAAAGACCCUUUUAUUGAUUUUGAAAUGGAAGAUCUAAAGUCUGAGCUAGCUGAUGUCAAAGAAGCCUUGAAGAUGAGGAAUGACAAGCUGGAAGAACUAAAUGGAAAAGUUAAAGACUAUGAAGGGCAAUUAAAACAACUGCAGGAGGCAGCACAAGGACCUACAGUAACAAUGCCCAGUGACAACAUAUAUCAGGAGUAUAUAGACUCCAAAUUUGAGUCCCUCAGACAGGAACUACUGGAAGGAUUUGAAAAGAAAAUGGCAGAUCUGAAGAGCUCCUGUGAACACAAAUUACAGGAUAUCCAGCAGCAGUGUGAUGACAAUGACAGUAACUGUGUAGGAAUAAUUGAUGUUAUAAAGGGAAAAGAGAAUGACUUGAGGAAAGAAAUAAAUACUCUCCGAACUCAGAUCCCAUCAAACAAGUCCAGUUGUUGCAAGGAGGGUGAGAGGAAUGACCUUGACCAACAGAUACAGGAUUUAGAUAAAAAGAUUGAGAGAGUUGCGGAAGCACACAGGAUCUUGAAUGUCCGAAUAGAUAAUGAGAUCAGUCGAUUAUCAACUCCAGAUCUAGAAGACAUGUUUGGUGAGAGGUUGGAGGAGCUGGAUGCGAGGAUGAAUGUUACAGAACGAAAUGCUGAAGAACAUUGCUUUUACGUUGAGGAAACUCUCCGUGGUGCCAUAGCUGCUGAAGUAGAUGAAUUGAGAGACUUGUUUGAUCAAAAGCUGCGGGCACUAGAAGAUAGGCUGGGUGGCACUAUAUUAGAGAUUGCUAAUACCACAGACCCAGAUGGAAUGUUUGUUAAUCCUGGGCUCAUCUCGCCCAGUGAUGCAGGAUUCACAAAUAAACAAUUUACAGAAGAAAUAGAUUUCCUGAAGAGCAAACUACUGUCACUUGAACACCUCUGCGGACAGAAAUGUCAGUCUGCACCACAGGGUAUGGAGGACAUUCAGAAAGAGCUAGAAAACUGUAACAACAAAUACAAUCAUUUGCUUUCGAAAAUAGAUAAUAACUCUGUUCUCCUGCAGUCUCUAAAUAGCUCUCUUAAUGAGAAGCUCAACUUAAUUAAGGGUAACCAACGUGACAUCCAGAAAAUGCAGAGAGAUGUACGUGUAUUCCGGUAUAGUCUAAAUGUCAUGGAUAAAGAUAUGAAAAAUCUUCAGGAUGGCUUGAGUAGCUGCAAAGAGCAGCUUCUGGGUGUCAAUUCUACCUGUAGAAAAACACAACGAGGUGUCUUCCGGAAAAUCGAUCAAAUGCAGAGGACAUUUGCAAACCAGACUGCUCACCCCAGUGAUAACUGCUGUGGUGAAGUAAAAGAGAGACUAGAACAGUUGAAUGACCAUAUCCUGAAUGAUCUUAGCAAGUGCAAAGAGAAGACCCAGGGUAUCCAGGAGGGUGUUUCGGAUGUUGAGAGCAGAGUCUCACAUGUUGAAAAAGUCUGCAGCAAGCUGGACUCUGUCUCGGGUAACUUGCAGAAGAUAAAAGAAGGUCUGAAUAAGCAUGUGAGCAGUUUAUGGAACUGCAUCCGUGAAAUGAAUGGGACUAUAGUGUCUCAUUCCACUGAUAUUUCUGGCCUCAAAAAUUCUGUACAACACUUUAAUAGCCAGGUCUCCAAAAUCACCACGGACAUUGAAGGCAUGCUGAAAUCUCAGUCUGACCCAAGGCAAUCAGAAGUACCACGGCAGCCAUUGCCACCAAGACCACCCCUGCAGCCCCAGCCUGGCAUAUCCUUGCUUCCAUCAAGGCCAAGGAUACAAAUACAACCCCCACGACAGAGGACUCCCCUCCUGCCACCACAGCCGAGACCUGCUCCGCGCCCAGCACUACCAGGGUCAGGAGUUGUGCCAUUUCUGCCUGGAACAACAGGGAUCAUCCUGGAGACUGGAGAGGCAGGGCCUCCUGGCACCGUUUUAAUGUCAGGAAGAGGGCGCCUUAGAAGUGUGGAUGGUCAGGCUGGUCAAAGUACUAUGCCCAUUGCUGAAGGGUAUGCUGGAGCACCAGGAUAUCCAAAGUUAUCUCCUGCUACCACGGAGUCACAAGGACCUGCUGCCGCUGCGGCCUCUCUGGUGUCAUUUUCUGCUGGGCUCACACAGAAGCCUUUCUCCAGUGAUGUUGGCGUGGUUCACUUUAACAAAGUGCUUGUGAAUGACGGGGACUAUUACAACCCUAAUACAGGCAUUUUCACAUCACCGUAUGAAGGACGCUACCUGAUCACUGCUGUGCUGGCCCCGGAGAGGGAUGAGUAUGUAGAAGCAGUGCUUUCUGUCUCCAAUGCAAGCGUAGCUCAGCUCCACACGGCUGGAUACAGAAGGGAACUGUUGGAGUAUCACAAACCCUACUCAGGGAAACAGACCUGUGGUGGUCCUGGGACGUUCCACCUUGUUCUUCACCUCAAAGCGGGAGAUGAAGUAAACGUCGUCGUAACAGGAGGCAAGCUGGCCUACACAGACUCUGACGAAAUGUACUCCACGUUUAGUGGAGUUCUCCUUUAUCCUUCCAUUUCUCAUGUUUAGGUUUACCUGGAACAGGAGAGAAGGGUAAGAUAUUCAGAAGAAAUUAAGUGUAAUAAAAUCCAAAGCUUUAAUAUAUUCAGUUUAUAUAUUUGAUUUCAGUGAUGGGUUUAUAGUCUAUACUGAGACCAUUUCCUUGUCCUGUUUCCAGAUGUAGCUACAAAAGACAUGUUUCUGUAGCUAAACUAGUUCCUUCCCAAGUUCUUGUUUACCUGCACAAACAGAACAACCGUUUAAACAACAAAUACGUUCUUGAUAGAUACUUCUCCACUGUGCUCUUACUAUUCUCUAUUAAAUUGUCUUUGCAGUGCUCUUCCUAGUUUUCCAACUUGUCCCUAGUUUAUCAAAGUUUACAUCUGAAGUUUACAAUCGUGGUCAGCUAUUUUUAUGUUUUCAGUAAAGCAGGGCCAGGAAAGUGAAAUUGUAUUGGACAUGGUCAAUAACUUUUUGUGUUAAGACUACAUUGGGUCAGCUGCUUUCUUACAAACAGUUUGUUCAAUGCAGUUGCUAACCGUGAUGGUGCAGAGCAAAAGGAUACUCACCUGCAUCAGGUUUCUUUUUCCUUUAAGGCCUAAACACAGUGUUUAGAGACAGGUGACUCAUUCCAGUCAAGUGGAAGCAGCUGCGCAGGGAGAAAGUUACCUGGCCUUGGAUUUCCACGUGCUUUUCUACAGCAGAUGUGAGCGCAAGGUGCAGGUGCUACUACUGAAAGCUUCAGAACAGUUAUUUUAAAUGGAUACAGUCAGAGAGACGAUCAGUUAAGCAUGGUGCUCUUGAGAUUAAAGCUUGCUGCUUGAAAUUAAUAAAACAGGUCAGAAGAAAAUGAAUUGUGUCUGCUUAGCUAGAAAAAUGAAAAGUUUAAAAACUUUGUUCCUGGCACUCUUACAGUAUUUGCAUUAAAAAGGAAGUUUUCUUCUUUGUAAAAGAGAAAAGAUUGUUGAGAGAGGAAAAUAAGUCUUACUGUCAAAGGCAUAAACCAGCCAUCUGCAUCAAGUUUUUGCUCUAGCCUCCUGCAUUAUGCUUUUGACUGAGGUUUGUUUUAACAUGCAGCAUCUGUUUAUAUGGAUGAAGCAACUUUCUUAGUUAAAGCAGUUAAAUACGUUUGGGACAACAGUAUUUUACUUCUCAUACUGGCCACUUCUCUGUGGAGAUAACAGAAGUGAUGGUUUGGCUCUUUUGAGUUAGAUUUGAUCUCUUUUGUGGCUGAAAAAGAAAUCUGGCUGUGAUUUACUGAGAGCAAGACUGUUCCUUUGUCACUUACAUAUUUAUAUAAACUGAUGUUCUUAAUAGUCUGUUCAUGCUGCAUAGAGUUGUAUUUAUCAUAGAGGUUUGUGUAAUAUUUUCUACUUCUUACAAAUGCAGAACAGCUUUUUAUAGUAUAGCCUCAGAACAAACAAUUCUUUCAGGUGAAGGAAGAACUCCCUGUGCUGUAAAGCAGCACAGAAUGUUUAGCUGGAGCCCUUCCCAUCUGAGGAGGUCAGAUGAAAACUUAGCCUUGGUUGCAUAAGUUUGGAAUUGAUACUCCCUAAUUACUCUGUUUCCAGGCGAUGAGAUGGGGCCUUCCCACAACAAACUGUCACAUCCUGGAAGCUGAGCUGCUUUGGGGAAAAGCAGGCAGAAAAAGCUUUGUCUCCACAGAGGAACUCUGAAUCAGUCCCUUACAGCUAGGAUUGCACUGGGGGAGCUGUGAGCAGAGGGGGAAAAUUGAGUGGGGUUUUAGUUUAGGAUCUCUUGGCACCUGAUUUUCAGAAAUGACGGUGUUACUAAGAAGCAGAAGGUAGGACUGGAUGUAUUUUGUUGCAGGAAGGCUGUUUCUAUGAGAGUAGCCAAAGCUGUAUGCUGAGAUUGCACUUCACAGCAUGAUAAAGGGAGAAACGAGCCCCAGCUCAUUUCCCUUCGCAUUUGUCUUGACCUGCGCUGGAGCAUGAGGCAUUAGCAUGCAGUUAGCAGCCGCGUGCUUGUUCAAGGGGGGCAUGGGGGUUCUUUGUCUUAAAUCAACAGCCCCUUUCUGUCCCAUGCCUUUUUAGGUCUCAAAUUUGAGGGGAUAUACAGGAAGGAUUGUUUUCUGUGUUUUCAAAAGCCAGUUCCAUCAACCACUUUUUAAAAAGCAGAACUUCUUGUAACGUACAAAAGCUAGAGAGGCACUUCUCCUUUUAGGCUGUUUUUCCACUCUCCUCAGGAAAGCUGUGUUCUCUAAGAAGUUGGCGCUGGAGUACGUAUGACUCAAGUAUUGUUAGAUUAUUGUUGCCUAUUCUAAAAAUGACUCAUGGAAACAAACAAAAUGAGCUGAGCGCUUAGGGAGACCCAGCUGGCAAACACAACCCCUUUUUUCUUUCCCUUCCCCCCUCCCUCCAAAUGAGGCAUUUUUAAGAAUGAAUUUUUAAUGCUGAUGCUGAGAUUGUUUCAGCCCUCAUAAUGCAGCGUAACUGGUAUUUGUACACAGGUAUAAGCUAUGUUACAGCAGGGCCCAAUCUCAGCCAUGUAUUUUGAGGACAACUUUCAGAGCUUUUAAGGGUAGUUUCCCAUCUGCCAUCUCUAGCAGCACAGUGGCUAAUGCUAUGACCUUCUACAAGGAAAAUCUGUCUCAGAUUCCUGCCUUUACUGAGGGAGACCUGACCCUUAAUUUCCACUUCUUGGUAAUUGCUGUAAUCAGGGUUAGUGGCUCGGUUCUCCUGAUGAGCUUAUUUUUCCUGGGUCUUACAAGGUGGAAUGUUCACCCAGCUGGGAAGAGGGCAGUGUUGUGGCCCCUGAACAGCAAAGGGAGGGGGGAACCUGAGUUCUGGCCUCUGCUCCAGUGAUUGUUUAAAUAAAACAUCAUUAAAGCAGCAACUGGAAGGGACUGAAGCACACACUGAAGCCUGCUGAAGGUUUGCUCCAUAUAGAACAGCCCAGCUUCAGAGGAGGAAGCAAAGCCCUGCUCCAGGGCACCCAGAACCCACUGAUGGAGCAUUUACAUCUUCAGUGAGAAUCUGCAACAGAACAAGAAAAUACGUGCACUGAAAGGAACAUUUCAUACUGGGCUAAUGGUUUGACUGCCAUAUCCAAGAGCAGACACAAGGUCAAAUAUGCAGCAUCUGUUAACUGAGAAAGCCUUAGAAAACCAAAUAAUCCUGCAGGUGGGAGCUGGAAGGCAGGUAUGCUGCCUGGUUGUAAGUCAUGGUGCUGCCUUUUAGAUCAGCUUUGUAGGUACCUUUGUGGUGCAGUUUACGAGGACUGCAAGACUCCAAGGCAAAACAGUAUCUGUUGUGCCAGGUGCUUCCCCCUUGACAUUGAAAUGGGAAGAAAACUGAACAAUGCCAGUACCAAAACAAGCGGAGUCCCCAAGAAAGCAUCACAUGUGAGACAGGUAGAUUGGUAAAUGCCCAUUGCCAGGUCUCUAGCAGCAGAACAUCUUAAGACACACCAGCAUGCUGACAAGCCUGAAAGGCUCUGCUCUGGCCAAAAGUGUCUCCUACAGCAGCCAUAGGGAAAUGCAACCAUGCCAAAGAUAGAACAGUCAUCUCCCCAGCACAGUUUGGAGCAAAGCAGGAAUGCCAAAUGUGUAAAAAAACCUACCUCAUUAUUUUAAUUUGCUGUUAAGCCUCCAAACACAGCAGAAACAUUUCCAUACUGACCAUGCCAAGCAAUGGGGGUUUUCUGGGAUAUCCCACCAUGUACCUUUUUGGAGCACACCAGGUUACCUGCAGCAGCUUUGUGCAGUUCUACUGAGAGACUCUAGCCAGCGCAGUGAGGCCGAUCAGCCAGUUGGGUGAAGUUGUAAGUACUCAAGGAAAUAGAGUGAGCUGUAUGUGGAAAGCACAGGAAGGCAACUUGAAACAAAAUGCACAUCACCACCCAAGGCGGUUUUAAAGUGCACUUGGAAUGCAUGGAAAAGGGCUCCCUGGCUGCAGCCCAGAGCUUCAGAUCAGGAUUGAACUGUCUCCUGAGGAUACAUUGAGCAUUUGAAAGUGAGUUUUAGUUGCUGAAUAAAUAAAUCAGUCUUUAUAUUAUGGCCCAGUAGUGGAUAUGGAUCAAUUUCACCAAACCUACAAAUGCAGUUACCACCUCGGGUUGAGUUGGAAGGACUAUGUGCUCCUCUGAGACUUGAGCAGAAACACAACUGCCAGUUGCUCCCAGGUAUCAGCAUAGAGUUUCAAUAGUCAGGUUACCAGGAAUACCUGGGGGAUGUGUCCCCUGUCAUCACAAGACAGGCUUGUGCUUGAGCCAGCACCAAUCCUCCUGUGACUGACCCUGCAGACGAGACAAGAUGUCGAACAAGAGCUCUGCAGAUUCCUUGUAUGCAGGAGACUUCAAAGAACAUCUUGCAACAUGUUAGUACAUAGAUAGGCAGGUUUUGGUAUUUAUCCAUUUUGCCAUCUGGAUUGUGAAAAAAAAGGGAACAAUUUUUCAGCAAAAAAGAAUAGUGCAUUUGAGAGUAUGCUUUAUAUGUGCAUGUGUAUACAUAUAUUCAUGUAUAUAUAAGAGAGAAUAUCCAGGAACAUGAAGAAAACGGUGCGAUGGAAAACUGCAUAUAUGUCCAAAUAAAGACUGCCUCUUCUGUGA